AUGGAUGUAAAAUAUGUAGGCUGGUUGCCCUCGGGGUUGCAUCCCGACGAUGCAUCGCCCGAUUGGCUAAACAAAGGUGACAACGCGUGGCAACUGUUCGCAGCCACUCUAGUAGGCCUACAAAGCGUUCCUGGCCUAGUAAUCCUCUACGGGAGCAUGGUCAAAAAGAAAUGGGCUGUCAAUUCCGCUUUCAUGGCCCUUUACGCCUUUGCUUCCGCCUUGGUUUGUUGGAUCCUUUGGGGUCACCAUAUGGCAUUUGGGAAGUCAAAUAAUCCCUUCGUGGCCAUGCCCGAACCGGUUACUGACCAAAAGUUGUUGUUGAGCCAACAGGGACAUUAUUAUCUCCCAAAGGCUGACUAUGUUUUCUAUCAAUUCGCGUUCGCAGCCAUCACGGUUAUACUCGUGGCUGGUUCUGUGCUCGGGAGAAUGAAUUUCUACGCUUGGAUGGUCUUUGCUCCUUUGUGGGUGACCUUAUCUUAUACGGUCGGGGCUUACAUGAUUUGGGGCAAUGGAUUUCUUAAGAAAGGUGGGAUCAUUGAUUUUUCCGGUGGCUAUGUCAUUCAUCUUUCAUCAGGUGUGGCCGGUUUCACAGCUGCUUAUUGGGUAGGACCCAGGUCAUCACACGACAGACAACACUUCCCGCCGAACAACAUAAUAAGCAUGUUGGCAGGGGCGGGAUUCCUAUGGCUAGGGUGGACCGGCUUCAACGGCGGUUCUCCGUUGACGGUUUCCGUCGUGACGUCGCUCGCCGUGAUCAAUACCCAUCUCUGCACCGCCACCAGUCUCCUCGUCUGGCUGUCAAUGGACAUGAUUGUUUAUAAGACCAGCUCCGUCAUCGGAGCGGUCCAAGGCAUGAUUACCGGACUCGUCUGCAUCACUCCAGCCGCAGGAGUGGUAGAACCUUGGGCGGCAAUAUUCAUGGGAGUAAUGUCGGGUACCAUUCCGUGGUACACUAUGAUGGUUCUUCACAAGAAAUCAGCAUUCUUUCAAAAAGUAGACGAUACCCUCGGCGUUUUCCACACCCACGCCGUCGCCGGACUUCUGGGCGGUCUACUCUCCGGUAUACUCGCCAAGCCUCACCUCUUGAAACUUUUCUACGGAGAUGAAGCCCACAUUUACGGGCCCGGCUUACUCUACGCGUUAUUCGACGGUCAUAUGAUAAAACGUGGACUCCGGCAGCUACUUUUCCAGGUGGCGGGGGCCGUGUUUAUUGCGACGUGGAACAGCGGAGCGACAAGUUUGAUAUGUUUGUUGAUUAGGAGAUUUAUGAAGCUGAGGAUGGAAGAUGAUGACUUGGAGAUUGGUGAUGACGCGGCGCAUGGUGAGGAGGCGUAUGCACUUUGGGGAGACGGCGAGAGACAUCUCCCGUUUCGUGUUAUUCGCAUGAAUCCGACGUGGAUUCGUCCAUUCUGUAGACGCUAA